AUGACAACCACAUUCUCCUCCCUACCCGUUGUAGACGUUGGGGCGCUGGGCUUGCCGACGGGUGCUUCACCCGCGGAACGGGCAGCCCUAAGCAAACGUCUCUACGAAGUCUUCGCAACAACAGGAUUCGCAUACCUCACGAACGUGCCUCUGAGUUUCAAACACGAAGAUGUCUUCGACCUUUCCCUUCAAUUCUUCGCCCUCCCAGAGAGUGAAAAAAUGAAACUUGCGAAACGCUCCUUUCGCCGGACCAAUACAAACACAUAUCGCGGGUAUUUCCCGACGCAGCCGGAGUUAGCAUCGGACAAUUUGAAAGAAGGUUUCGAAAUGGGUCCCGCGAAGUCUAUUCGAACAAAGUCAUCCGUCACUUCCGGCUCCAAGUUCAACCUCGCUGAGCCAAAUGUGUGGCCCGAUCAAAACAAUUUUGCGGCUCGCCCAAGCUUAGAAAGGCUGUAUUCUGAGCUGCAAUCCCUUUCUUCAGAGCUGCUUUCUCUGCUGGCCGUCUCACUCGGUAAGCCGGCCGAUUUCUUCGCGUCGUAUCUGGACGACUCACUCAGCACCCUCCGGCUCUUGCACUAUCCACCUGUCGCAUCUUCAGCGUCAGGGUCCAGAUCUGCGGGCUCAGAUGUGAAGUUAAGCUGCACGCCGCACACCGAUAGUGGGAUUUUGACGCUGCUCCAUCAAGAUUCGACUGGCGGUCUGGAAGUGCAGAACUCUUCCGGAGAAUGGGUGGCUGCGCCAUAUGUUCCUGAGUCGCUGGUAGUCAACAUUGGCGAUUUGAUGGCGAGGGUAUCUGGUGGAAGAUUUGUCGCGACGAUGCAUCGUGUUCGUGCGCCCGCGGUGGGUGCGUCUGCCGCUGCUGUUAGUGGGCAGCAUAGAUCGCCGCAGACUGGUCGGAUCAGUGUACCUUUCUUCUUUGAGCCUGGUGAGAAUUGCUUGGUGCGGUCUGUUGAUGGUGAUGAGGGAUUUGUUGUGUACGGUGAGCAUGUACGGAUGAAAAUGAAGACGUGGGUAGAGUUCCAGGAUGAUGGGGACAGCAACUAA